AGUUAGCACAAAAUGCCAGUUUCUGUGUUAUGAGUUUUGUCCAGAGAUGUAUUUGUAUGCUCCACAAUGCGGCGUUACAUACGUGCACUGAUACUGUGCAUCGUGUUCGCCGUGUUGUCGGGCUUGUACAUGUACAGUAAGCUGUUUUCCUCGGACGUGUCUGUGCGGGGCAGCAGCGGGGUGAGGAGGGUAGAGACCCCGGCCAGAGACGCCGCGGAGCGGCGAGCAGCCGCCAACAGCAGCGCCGUCCCGCACCACUACCACAGGUAUAUCAUGCGUCAGGGAGGUCAGAUGAGGACGGCUGGUGGCAGCGGUCCGAGCCCACCUGAGCCCCCCAUGCACCUGGCUGUGGUGGCCUGCGGAGAGCGGCUGGAGGAGACGCUCACCAUGAUCAAGUCUGCUGUGCUUUUCAGCAUCAGGCACCUCUACCUGCACAUCUUUGCUGAAGAUCAGCUUCACGCCAGCUUCAUGGAAACUCUGGAGUCGUGGCCUGGUUUUAUUCGCUCCAGGUUCAACUACACCACCUACUCCAUCAGCUUCCCCAGCGACAACGCAGCCGAGUGGAAGAAGCUCUUCAAACCCUGUGCUUCUCAGAGGCUUUUCUUACCUCUGAUCUUACAGGACAUUGACUCGAUCGUGUAUGUGGACUCGGACAUCCUCUUCCUGCAGCCCGUAGACCACUUGUGGGGGUUCCUGUCCCAGUUUGAGCCGUCUCAGCUUGCCGCUUUGGCGCCGGAGCACGAGGAGCCCCGCAUUGCCUGGUACAACCGCUUUGCCCGACACCCCUUCUACGGCAAGACGGGUGUCAAUUCAGGCGUCAUGCUCAUGAACAUGACAAGGAUGAGGAGCACAUUCUUCAAGAAUGACAUGACAUCAGUGGGACUGCGUUGGGAAGAACUGUUGAUGCCUCUGCUCCAGAAGUACAAACUGAAUAUAACCUGGGGAGACCAGGACCUCCUCAAUAUAAUUUUCCACUACAACCCUGAGUUCUUGCUGGAGUUUCCAUGUAAGUGGAACUAUCGUCCAGAUCACUGCAUCUAUGGCAGCAACUGCGCCUCAGCCGAGGAGGACGGCAUCUACAUAUUGCAUGGAAACAGAGGGGUUUACCACGACUACAAACAACCUGCUUUCAGGGCUGUUUAUGAAGCCAUAAAUAAGUAUGUGUUUGGCUCAGACCCCAUCACGUCUUUGUUGGAUCCAUUGGGAGAGGAGCUGCAGAAGACGACGCACACGUACUGCGGGAAAUCCCACGCACUCUUCACCAAGAGGCUGGAACGCAGUCUGGCGAACAUCAACAGGAAGGCUACACAGGAACGGUGAUGAGGUGAUGAGAGGUGGACUUAAGAAACUACUGAAGACCAGAUGAAGCUCGCCUGUCUGACCAGGCUUUUUUUCUUUCUUUUUAAAAAACAGCUCCAGCUUGGUAAACAGAUGUUUCCAGGCAAACUGACAAAACUACUGAACCAGACCACUUUGACAAAGCAAACAUUUCUUCUGCAGAGCUCCGACUUCCUAGAACAGCUGCUCGACGCUCAUUAACAGAAGCUGGGAUUGUGUCAGACUCAGAAUAGCUCUUGAUAAGAGCAUGAUGUAAAUCCCUGAAAUCUGCUGUAACUGGAGGACAUACUUAUAUAUUAGACAUAUUCGAUGUUUACCAGGCCAAGCUUUUUUAAUACUGAAAACAAACUUCUUCUAAAGAUUUUCUUUCCCAUCCAUCCGUUAACUUCUGUUUAAAUAUGUUUGGGGUUCAGCAGCCGGAGCUGAGGCCCAGAUGUCAUUACUAUAUACUUAUACUGAAGCGUUCCUAGGCCAGCCAAAGGACAUAAUCCUUCCAGCAAGUCUCGGGUCCUCUUUGGCAUUCCAGGUACCUGGAAUAUCUCUCGAACCUCCUCAACUGACCCCUCUCAAUGUAGAAAAGCAGUGACUACUCCCUCUCUCUACUGGAUGAUUGACAUUUUUGUGUGUCCAGCAACCCUGCAGAGGAAACUAAUUACAACUGCUUUUAGCCACAGUCUUGAUGUUUCUGUAACUACCCACAGUUCAUGAGCACAUGUCAGGGUAGGAAUGUAGAUCGACUGGUGAAUGGAGACCUUUGCUUUUUAGCUCAACUGUCUCUUCACUGCAGCGAUCGGUACAAAGUCUGCAUCGCUGCCUGUCAGUCCUCUCCGUUCAGUUGAAAACAACACACUGAGAUACGUUAACUCCACCCGAGGCCUCAUCUAUGCCCCACAUCAAACCGAAGAGGGUGUUCCUCCCUUUUCCAGCUGAGAACCACCGUCUCAGAUUCUCGCUGUUUCACACUCUGCUGCAAACCACUCCAGUGACAGCUGAAGAUCACAGUUCGAUCACAUCAACAAGACCACAUCGCCUGCGAAUAGCAGAGUUGGAUUCCUUAGGACACCGAAGGAGACCCGCUCCACCCGUGGCUGCACCUACAAAUUCUGUCCAUUAGAGUUAUAACAGACUCAACAAAGGGCAGCACGGGCGGAUUCAAACUCCAAUUGGAGGUGGGAUUGGACUGUUGCAGUCAAACAUGUUCCUCGAAGUCUGUAUACGUGGAGUCCUCCUCCAAAAGUAGCAUUUUUUUAAUUUUUAUUUACACCAAAUUAUUUGACAUGUACCUCUUUCUUCUUAAUGUACUUUUUGGUCAUUGACUGAAAGUGCAAAGUAUCUGAAGAGUAGCUCUGGACUUUCCAUAUUGGAGAAUUUAUUGAAUUUUAUGAGUAUCUCUUAUUAAAAGAGGCUUUAAACAAGACAGAACUGGACAGAAGGUUAUCUGAAGGACCCGGUUUUGAAAGAUGUGAGCACCAGACCACUUUUUUCAUAUCUCACAAAGCAUGUAAAUGAUGAAUAAUGGGGUUGUGAUGGAGUUGAUUAUUUGAAAACUCAAGAAAAGACAGAUUUUGUCUUACCACUAAUUGACCCCUUUAUUAGAUAAGAAUGUAUUUUUGCAAGUAUGAACAAAGUGCCAGCCAUGCCAGCCCCAUUUAAAAAAAGAAAAAAAAAUUUGAUGCCACAAUGUGUAUUUUCACUUUUAUAUUUUUUACAUAUUUGAUGUCGGGGCAUAACCCUUAUUUUUUAAGUUAACUUUGAUUGAAAAAAUGUUGACAAAACGUGUUUGUUAAUUUUUCACAGAAUGUGUGAUUGUGUUUGCGUCAGUGUAGACACAGGGAUGCUGGGAAUGUGAAGCUGCUGAUUUUAGCACACAGAAAGAUGACUGGUGAAUGUGUGAAGAAGCCGAGUCCUCUCUUGAUACCAAAGAAUUUCCUUCAUUUUUCUACUGAUGCUACCCGCUGAAUGUAUUAUUAUUAUUAUAUACUUUACGUUUUAAAAUGAACAUAACUGAGUGCAUAUGUUGGUAGUGCUGUGAUAUUAUUAUGUGUUUUUUUAUAUUAAAGAUCAGUUCAGUUAUAAA